AUGUCGACGCGUAGCUCCAAAGUCACAAAGAAAUCGAGGGUCAGUCGGACGGCCAUCAGCUGCGAUCGCUGCAAAUCGCGGAAGACAAAGUGCAAUAAACCUGAUGCCGAUGGCCCUUGCGAUUACUGCCGCAGCAUCGAUGAGGUUUGCUCGGUGGAUAUGGAGAAGCGGCGGCAGAAGCCCUUCUACUUCGUCUCUGAAGAGGAAUAUCGUCUGCUGCGUGAACUGUGCAGUAACUGCUUCCCAGACGAGGAGCUUACGAUACCGAAUCUGCGACGAUUGAUUGACGAACAUAAAAAGCCGGCGCUCAAAAUACAGACAGAUAUCUCGACGCCUGCGAUGUCUCUGAUUGAAGUGUCGGCAGAAGCACCACUCAUAGAUUGUGGAGAUGUACCUAUAGAUCAAGGAGAGGCUUUGCUACAUGAUGUAGAGGAAAGUCAAGAGGAAGAGAUAUUGUUGCCAGAGAUUGUCAAUCUGCACCAUGACCUGGGUUGUCUGCUAGCCGAUGCCCAUGGAGAGUAUCGCUACAUGGGAGCUGAGUCAGGCGCCAGCUUCAACAGCGCCGUGAGGUCAUGGAUGCUCAGAAUGGGCGCAGGGACAAGAAGCAGAGAGAAGGACAAGGAUAAAAUACCCGGAAUGCUCAAAGUCAGUCCACCAUCAGUCAAAUCUCCCUUAACGGAUGUGGCAUCUUCACCUGGGAAUCCAUGCCAAUUCCCCUCCCAAGAUUUGUUGUCCGCUUGUGCAGCUCGCUUCUUUGAGCAGGUCCACUGCUUGUACUGGAUAUACUCUGCGGAAUCCUUCUAUACCCGACUUGAGACGACUUACUCAGGUGAUAAUGGGCAGAUGACCGCUUCGUGGCUUUGUUCGCUUCAUGGGAUAGUAGCGUUGUGCGCUUCGUGUGAACCAUCGCCUAAUGGGUUGGUCAACGGGCAGAGGGCGCAUGAUUCAUUGGAGAUGGCCAAGUCUCUUGUGACGAGGGUUUGUGACGAAGCAGAUCUUGACAGUAUCAGAGCUUUGAUAGUGCUGUCCUUGGCCUUCCAGUCCAACGGCUUCACCAACUCAGCGUACCUUCACAUUGGACUCGCAGUUCGCAUCGCGUUCUCUCUCGGUCUCCACCUCGACAAAUACUCCACCAAAAGCGGAGUAGUAAGUCAAGCACAUGCUCGUCGCCUUUGGUGGACCUUGUAUCUUGUUGAUCAAGAUCUCUCUCUGGCAUUGGGAAAGCCAAGCAUGAACAGUCCACCCAACGAGACUUCUUGGAAGCCGCCUCUACCUUCGGAAUUCGUUGUCAGCCCAGGUUCACAUACGCCAAACGGAUAUCUCGAGCAGUGUAUACGUCUCGCUCAAAUAACGCAGAGUAUUCGGCAGAACCUCUACGAUGGGCCUGUACAUGGCGGGCAAAAGCUAUCGAGGGCUCACUUCGACGAUUCCAUAAGUGCACUGCAAGACUGGCUAGAGCACGUACCGCCUCAUCUUCAUCUAUCACCGUCAGUAUCACUAUCUUACAGACGUUCUAUAUCUCUCCUACAUCUUCGCUACUGGAGCACCAUGAUGCUCGUCACCAAACCUUUCCUUCUGUGCAAUCUUUUACAGGGCAUCGAGCACGUUGAGACAGUCAAGCAACCCAUAUUUGCUACGCUUGCCAAGACCUGUGUAUCUGCGGCUGAGUCAACGUUUGAGAUUUUAGAAAGCAUGGUCCUUCACAAGGUAGCUUCCAGCCUGGUAAUGGCCGACUAUCUCUUCGCCUUACAAGCGCUUCAGGUCAUUGUUGCUGCUUGCGGACUAUAUCACAUGGACGGCCAUCAAGCUCGUGCGAAGCAGUGUCUGCGAAUAUUACUGGCUAUCAGCGUAUCUGGCUACCCAAAGCACCUCAUUCCGGAGACAUUAUUUCAGUUACAGCAGUGUGGACUUGCUGAGGGGGUCGAAGAUACAUCGAAUAUCACGCUGCAGCCUUCAGAGGCUUUGGGAUAUCCCCAGAUGGUAACUGAACCUCUACAACGGAUUUCACUUGAACAAAGCACGGAUCAACUAGCGAUGACGUGGUUGAACGAGCUCGACAUGGCAGAUAUAGUCGUCGACAAUGGAUUCCUGGAUAAUCUGAUGGACAUCUCUUCCAUCUUCCCGUUUGGGCCAUCAUAA